GCCGUUAGGAGGCGCCCCAGUUCCUUUUGUCAAGUCGUUCGGAGUCUCCAGGGGAAGAAAAAAAUACGUGUAGCGAGAAACCUGGGGCUCAACGCGCCCAGACCCAACUUGUAACAGAUACCAACUAUUCCUUCUUCAAUUUCCCACGAGGAAGGGAAAAGUCAAAAAGGAACGAUCGCCCCCUAGCGUCCGUAGCCUAUUCCGGCAAGUAGAUUGGAUCCUUCUAGAGCCAGAAGAGGAGACGCGCGCCCCCUAGCGCCUCCGAGUAGUGGCUAGAGCAGAAAAGAAGAGGGAGCCGGAGACCACGCGGCGCAGGGCAGGCGCGUGCGCAGAAGCGGCUUACUCUGCCUCGGGGACUUGGGAGAGCCCAAGCGUCAUAUGCCCAAGGGGAGAGAUCCACGAAUUCAGGGUCGUUUCCCCGCCCCCGUUCCCGAGCUUGGACUUUUUCUUUCUGACUUCGUUGAAGUCAGAGAUUUGUGUCAGACUGAGAAGUCACGCAGGGAAACCCAACGUGGUGACGAGCGGCUUACGUGACUCAGGCUUGUUUUUCUUCCUUCCCCUCCCCACGAAGAGGGUGGGUUGGGCUGGCCCCGGGUCAGGAGGCGCGGGGGCGGAAGCCGCGAGGGUGCCUGUGGCUGUCAGAGCUGGAGCCGGGAGACGGAGGCGAAAGCUAAGCAAGCCGGCCAUGGAGACUCACCGCUGGCUGCCUCUGGAGGCCAAUCCCGAGGUCACCAACCAGUUUCUUAAACAAUUAGGUCUACAUCCCAACUGGCAAUUUGUUGAUGUGUAUGGUAUGGAACCUGAACUCCUUAGCAUGGUGCCACGACCAGUUUGUGCAGUAUUACUUCUCUUUCCAAUUACAGAAAAGUAUGAAGUAUUCAGAAUAGAAGAGGAAGAAAAAAUAAAAUCAGAAGGACAAGACGUCACAGAAUCAGUAUAUUUCAUGAAGCAAACCAUCAGUAAUGCCUGUGGAACAAUUGGACUGAUCCAUGCUAUUGCUAACAACAAAGACAAAAUGAAUUUUGAAUCUGGAUCAACAUUGAAAAAAUUCUUGGAAGAAUCUCUAAGUAUGAGUCCUGAAGAAAGAGCCAGAUACCUAGAAAAAUAUGAAGCAAUUCGAGUUACUCAUGAAUCGAGUGCCCAUGAAGGUCAGACAGAGGGGGCAGAACUGGGACCGAAGAGUGGAAGUUACUGGGAGGCAAAUUUCAGCUCAUUAGAAAACGUUCUUCAACAAUUAAAGCCACCUGAAAGUCAUAUGGACUGCCAUGUUGAGAUGCAGAAACUGAGACUUAAGAGCCCAAGAGACUGGCACAGGUGACUUACUAAUGAUCUACUUUAAUAAGUAGGAAAGCCAGGAUUUGAAGGCAAGAUUUCUCCUGCCUCCAAGCAAGGCUUAUGUCACUGCAAUCAUUGCUUUAUCUAACAUUACAAAAUUUAAAACAAGUUAUUUUGUAGAAGAAAUAGGACUUGAAACAUUCCUCUGGAUAAGAGGAGGGGGUCACCUCUUUUGGUGAACCCCACAUUCACUACUGAUCCCUGUGCUUAUUGUUGGUGAAAGAUUAAGGCAAUUUGGCCUCUUUGGUCAGGAACCUCCUUAUAUCAAAAUGUGUUACUCAAAAUUCAUCUUCUGUUUAUAGUAAAGUUAUCAAUAAUAUAACCAUGUGGGUUUGUAUUACUUUUGUAGCUGAUCAUCUCUGACAGAUGACCUAAUUAUCUCCCAGCCCUACUCCUUACUUGCUGUGUGACUUUGGGCAAUAAUAAUAGUGACUGACAAUUUGUAUAAUGCUUUAAGCUUUGAAAAAGCACUUUAAAUGUAUCCUCAGAAUAACUGUUGGGUGUCCCUGUUUUACAGAUGAAGAAAGGGAGACGCAGAGAGGUCAAGUAACUUGCCCAGGGUCACAAAGCGAGUAUCAGUGACUGGCACUCAGUAGGUGCUUAAUAAACACUUACCAACUGGACUUCAGAUUCUCCAGUACUUCUGCUGUUACACACACGGCUUCUCAAGUCAUUUCCCUUCACUGCAUUCAUUUAAAAAACAACAGUGUUGACAUAGAUGAUCUCUGAAAGUCCUGUCCAGCUCCAUAGCCUGUGAUUCUGUGGUAGGAGAACAGGCUGAAAGGCAGGAUGAGGGGAAGCAGACAAUGGGAUUUCAUGAAGGAACAAUUUCAGUGGUAUGGAAAUUGAAAGCAUUAUGGUAUACUUAAGCUUACCAUAGAUCUGUCUUGAAUUUAGCAGAAAACAAGUCCCCAAAAAGUGGUGCUGGAGAUUUGGUAUUUAUUAAUGUAAUUUAGUGAGGAGUAAGGAUAAUAUGAAGAAAGUUGUACCAGAUGUUAAAAUGGUUAAACUAAGCCUUAAAAGCUGAUUGUUAAAUCUCCUGUCACCAUUUUAUGUGUAUAUGUAUACAUUUAUCUAUUUUACUCCUAAAAUAUUUCAGAAUACCUAGUGUGCUCUAGGCUUACACUUAUGAAAUAUGUUCAUAUCUGAAAGAAAUAAUUAAGUAGCAAACUAGUUAUUGCUUUAGAGACAAAAAUCAAGAUAGAGGAAUUAAGUUUUUUAAUCCUGGAAGCCUCCCAGUAAACUAUAUGAAACCAUUUUGUGGGUGAUUUUAUAUUUAAAAGUUAAUAAAUUGGAGUUUUAGUUAUAAGGCUAUUGCUUUCACAAAAGAAAGUUAUUAUUAAAAAAAAAUGCUGAUUCUGCAUAACCAGUAUUUGAGAGCUGCAACAUAUCUCUCUUGAAGGUAAGUUUUAAAACAUUAUUUGGUUUUUAACAUACUUGACUGAGCAUUGUAUGUUCAGGUUCUUUCUAUAAUAAUACUCAAGUUGAAGUAUUUCAAUUAUUAGUUAUUACCUUUGAAUAAAUAGUAAUAAUCGCUAACACUUAUGUAGUGCCAUACUGUUUGGCAGGUACUGGGAUAAGUGCUUUACAAAUAUCUAAUUUGAAUCCUCACAGCAACCCUAGGGGGUGAGGAAAAUAGCUUCAGUUACUUGUACAGGGUCACAUAGUUAAUUUUAUUUGAGGUUAAAUUUGAAGUUAGCUCUUACUGAUUCUAGACUCAGCACUGUGCACUAUGGUGCCACCCGGCUUCCUGAAUUUUUGAGAUUUCCCUGUUUAAUAUUCAUUUCAUGAAAAAAUAAAAUCUGAUUCAAGUGUUAUGUUAACAGAAAAUUGUAUAUUCUAACAGUGUGAUCUUAAUUAUAAUUUAAAAUGCAUCUUUGACAUGAGUUAUUGUAGCUGUAGUUGGUAAAUGCUGAAGUUUAUGAGACCUCGAUUACAAAAAGCUGUAUAUUUGUCCAGUGACUCAAGGGUCAUGUGUGUGCAGAAGAAGGAGAUAGGACUAUAUUGACUAGAAUGCAUUGGUGUGGAAAUAGGACUGAUUGUUAGGAGGAAUAAAUAACAUCUUUGUUGAGUAAUAAUAGAAUCUUGGAGCGGAAUGGUUUAAACUUUAUUUCUCCCUAAAAGUAGAGAGAUGGUAAAUUCUGACAUUAUAAUACUGACAUUUUUUUUUAAAGCAUUUUAAGAUUUACUACAUGCUUCUUUUAAAACAAUCCUAUUAAUAAUAGGUAAUACAACUAUCUCCAUUUUACAGAUUAGGAAACUAAGAGAAGUAACUUUCUCAAAAGGUUUAGUCAAUAUCAGUCAGAAUUUGAAACUAAAGCUUGUUUGUGAUUCCAGAUUUCUUUUCUGAGGCAUUUAGGUGGUAUAGUGGAUAGAGUUUUGACCUUGAGUCUUCUUGACUUAAAGUUCAAAUCCUGCUCAGACUUCCUAGCUUUUGGAAUUCCCUGAGCCUCAAUUUCCUAAUCUGUGAAAUGGUAAUAAUAACAGUACCUACUUCUUGUGAGGUUCACAAGGAGUAUUUGUAUAGAACUUUGGAUACCUUCAAGUGCUGUAAAAGUACUUCUUAUUAUUUCUACUCUAAUACGCUGAGUUUAUCAGUUUUUUAACAUAUCCACAGAAGGAAGAAGUUUCAUUACUUUGAAUUUUAAGCAUUUACACAAGUAUCAAUCUUCUUUUUAAAAGUUGAAAUAAUUGAAUUGGGAAGAAAAUUAU